UGGUUGCUGCGUGGGAAGGGACCGAAAUGUGGUUUGCAAUCCGGGACUUUUAUUUCUUUAUCGAAACGAGCGCUGAUCGGUAAGGUUGCCACCUUCUUCGUUUAAAUUUCGCAGAGAUUUCGAAUUACGAUUUAGUAUGGUCUUCCACUACCACAAACCCCUAGCCGGCAUGUAUCAAGACAAUUACAGAUACGGUACUUCCCUCUACAGCCCCAGUGUGGGGGACGUGGAGCGAAACUACCGAACCACCCUCUCCAGGACCAACUUAAGGUCGGACAGAGGUGAUUUGGGAAUGUACACUUUCGCAGGUUCGAACCUUCACGGAGGUACGCCUGGUUACGAGAAGUUAUCAACACCCGUAUAUUCUUCAUCUGGCGUCAAAUCAGGCGGUGGUGGUGCAUACAAUCACGAUUUGUAUGCUCCCAUCAACACCAGAGAUUACGACAAGAGUUACUACGACCACUUGAGAGCACAAUCGCCUGAAAGGAGAUCCCGACCACCGAAGCCGGAUCCUUACUAUGACCUCCCCCUCGAUGGAUCGUAUAAGACCAUUCCCACCAAGAUCUCGAUCUCGGACGAUCUCGGACCGAGGAAGGUGACGAAGAAGGUGACAACCACCGAGCAAUGGGUGCCCCUCACGACCCACUUCUACCACACUCCUAACCACAGCUACUACUACUACUCUUCUCCUUACAGUAGUUACACGUACAGAACACUCGACGACCACGAUCUGUACAGCUACGACUAUGUCAAUGAUUUCAAGAGGUACGCCACCACUUCCACCAAGACUACCACUAAAAAUAUCGACUCUCUAGAUCUUAGUGUGUCCGAUAAGAGUUACGAAUUGUAUUCUGAAAAAUGCCACAGUAUCAAGAGUCAGUUGGAUGAAGUAAACAAGUGGAUAUCUGAAGCCGAGUCUAAACUGAAGAGCGAAGUGGUCAGUUCGAGAAGCAGAAUGCAGUCUGAACUGGCCGAAGUGGCCCUCAUAGUGGAAGACACAGCCAAGUACAACGACGACCUCCACAGAGUGAUCAAGAAGCAGGCCAAACAAAUUUCGCAAUUGGGUACUCAGCAAGAAGAUAUUAACCGCCACCUGGUGGACAUUAUGGACUCCAUCGAGAAGUCGAGAACCCGUUGCCAAUCUCUGCAAUCAGAUCUCAGCUCUGUAGAGACGGCACUCCAAAUGACAAUGAAGAGGAGAAUAUAAAAGUCGCAUGUGAUGAUAUAAAAAAGAAUCUCUCACUAACUCUGCCUGAUGAUUGUGUUCGAUUGUAAAUAAAUGUUUACCUCGUAUAAUUUGUGAAAUAUUGUUUGUUCGAAAAAGAAAUUGCUGCCAAAAAAAGAAGAGCUUUUGUGUUGUUAAUAAAGUUGUAUUGUGUAAAUAAAGAAUACUUCCUUUCA